AGGGCCGAGGUGGGCUCGUUCCCAUUCCCGGGGCGGAUCCAGGGCCGGGGCGGGCCCGUUCCUGUUCCCGUUCCCGUUCCCGUUCCCGUGCCCGGGGCGGGUCCGGGGCCGCGGCGCAGUCGCAGAGCGGGGCCGGGGCAGCGAUGGCUGCGAUCUCGCUGGAGACCGUCCCUAAGGACCUGCGGCACCUGCGCGCCUGCCUGCUCUGCUCCCUCGUCAAGACCAUCGACCAGUUCGAGUAUGAUGGCUGUGAUAACUGCGAGACGUACCUGCAGAUGAAGGGGAACCGCGAGAUGGUCUAUGACUGCACCAGCUCCUCCUUCGACGGGAUCAUCGCCAUGAUGAGCCCUGAGGACAGCUGGGUCUCCAAGUGGCAGCGGAUCAGUACCUUCAAGCCUGGUGUCUAUGCAGUGUCCGUGACUGGCCGCCUGCCCCAAGGGAUUGUCCGAGAGCUGAAGAGCCGUGGAGUGGCCUACAAGUCUCGGGACACAGCCAUAAAAACCUGAAGCGCUCUUGUGCUGCCUGGAGGUCCCAGUGCUGCGUGGAAGAGGCAGUGGGCACUGCUCCAAAACCUCUCAGCUUUAUCCUGUGGGCAAGUGGGGCUGGACUUGGAGUGUGCAGGCUCAGCUCCCCUCACUCGGUACCUCCAGACUCUGCCACACCACAGACCACAGACAUUUAUCUGAGCCUUGCUGGGGGGAGGGUGUGAGUAGGACUGGGAAAGGGUGUUUAAUGGUGAUGCCCAAGUUUUUUGAUGGUUGGUGUGGGAAAGCGGGGAUUUGGGAUUUGGGAAAUAGCUGUGUAAAUAGUUCAAUAAAACCCACUGCCUGCUCA